AAAAUUUAGGAAUAUACAUUUGCGCCAAUGUUGUAAUUAAUUCGCAGUGCAUCAAGUAACAUCUACAAAGCUUCAACAGAUUUGUUCUCUUGUUAAAGUGGCUUUUAGCUAAAUACAAAAUUUACAAACAGAUUGAGAACUUACAGCAAUUUAUUUAAAUGGAAACCAUGGCAACGAGAGGAAACAAAGUAAAGGUUUUCAAAUCCUUAAAGGAAACUAGAAAAGCAGAGGUGGCCAAAAUAAUUGGAGAAAUUCCGGAAUGGGCAACAGGCCAAAUUUUACGAAGUUGUCCGGCAAAGUGGGAUUAUCCUAAAUUCAGGCUGAACCACGUCCACGACGGGUACCUGAUGAUCACAAAGUUUGAAGUUGUAGGAGGAAAGACCGGAAGUGUGGCCUUCACGUCAAAAUUUCUUCAGUCGGAGGCAUUCAAAAAAGCAGAAGCUGAACAGAAGCCAAUCAUUUCAGAAUUUUAUACCAGAACGGCUGGCUCCGAUGCUAAAUCUGCCCUGGGAAAAAUUGUGUCGUCCAUGAUCCCUAAGCCGACCGAUAAUUGUCAAUACAUCUGCACCUCGGAUAUCUGUCGAAAUCCAAUUGUGACCAACCACGCGGGAUUUAUGUUCGAAGUGGAUCCCAAAACUUUACACACCGUAUCACGGUACGACUCCGCCGCUAAGGAUAACCUUUACGCCUUAUCGUCACACCCAUUGACCGACCCAGAAACAGGAGAGACAAACAACGUUGGCCUUGACAUGAUUCCUACCACCAAAUGGAAGGUUGUCAAGUAUCCGCCUAAAUUAAAGUCAAGUUCUCUGCAGGAGAGUUUGAAAAAAGGGAAAAUCAUAGGGUCGCACCCAUGCCGGUACAAAGUCGAGGCUCCUUAUCUCCAUUCGUUCGGAAUGUCGAAGAAUUUCGUACUCUGGAUUGACGAACCUUGCCACUUCAAUUCUGCCCAGGCGAUCAAGUUGGUGUUUAAAGGGUUCUGUCAGAGGGAAGUGAUGGACUGGUAUCCCAAGAGGAAGAAUCAAUUUUACAUUUUCGACAAGAACACCCACAAAGUGGUCAAGACCGAAAUAUUUUCCAAAGAUCCCUUCUUCUUCCUCCAUAUUUUAAAUUGUUACGAAGAAAAUAACCAUUUAAUCGUGGACCUCUUUAGCAUGCGAAACAUUCAAUUUAUGGACAUCCAACUAGUUACCAAACUUCGGACCGGAAAUGUCCUGAAGGAUCCCGAUUGUCCACGCCUUCUCCGUUAUGUCAUCCCCUUAAACACGAUAGAAGACCAAAUAGGAAAAUUCCCCGAAAACAAAAAUUUGGUUAAGCUUAAUUCCACCGGAAAAGCGGUUCGGAUCGGGGAUAAAAUUAUUCUAGAACCGGAAGUCAUUUCCGACCUGAAGAUGGAUUUCCCAACCUGGAAUGAGCGAUUUUACGGAAAACAGCUCCGCUUUUUCUGGGCCACGGGAGCAUUUUGUGCUUCUCGGCAUCAAAAUAAAAUCAUAAAAUUUGACCUGCACACGAGGAAAUAUAUUAUUUGGGACGCUGGUGGACAUCAAUACGUGGGUGAACCUACUUUUAUAGGCAAACCUAACUCAGCACUUGAAGAUGACGGUUUAAUAGUUGUGACAGUGGUAAACUAUACGGAAACGGAUGAGAAGGAUUUCGUUGUUUGGUUAGAUUCCAAAAAUUUGAAGGAAGUUGGCAGAGCUUAUUUUGAUUGUGAAAUUCCCAUCGGGAUUCAUUCAGUUUGGUUGUCUAAAUAAGUGGUUAAAUUAAAUUGAUGUCGGUUUAAAAAUAAAUCAGA